CAUUUCUGUAGUGCGGGUGUAAAGGACAACUAGUUUGAUGAUUUAUAACAGGAUGAAGGCAUUUCAUGCAGCCAUCAUUGUGGUCCUGCUGUCGCUCGUGGGUACAUCAAUUGGCAUACGUUACGAGGAAUCUGGUGGCCGACAUCAGGGUGAUCUCGUGCUGACGGAUCUUCAGCUGGAUGCGGCCUCAUCUGGCAGCGCACAACUCGUUCACGAUGCGUACAAGUGGGUCAAGGGCAUUGUGCCGUACGAGAUUGCUCCUGCAUUCACAAGGGUCGAACAAGAACAGAUCGUCUCGGCGAUGGCUCAGAUCUCUGGCCGUAGCUGUGUUCGGUUUGUGGAGCGCAGCACUGGGAAAUAUUCCCAGUAUCUAAACAUUACCGCCGCGCCAAGUGGUUGCUGGGCUACGUUGGGUAUGAAUUUCCUGUCGAACCAAAUGAACCUGCAGCAGAAUGGCUGUAUGGGCCAGGGUGAAAUCAUCCAUCAGCUGCUGCACGUGCUUGGUUUCACGCACCCCCAGAGCCGUCCCGAUAGGGACUUUUACAUUCGCGUUCAGCAGGAAGCGAUGCAGUCACACGAGCGACAGAAGCUGGACCGGUACAAGGAGGGCACGAUCGAUGACUUUGGUAUGCCGUAUGACUACGAGAGCAUUCUGCACUGCCCGUCGGAUGCGUUUGCGGCUUCAGACCGACCAACGGUUAUUCCACUGGAUAACGUCGAUAUUGGCCAGCGAAAAGAGAUGAGCUACAAGGAUGUGCGCAAGCUGAACAAAAUGUACGAUCACGACUUCUGCGGACUGUGCGUUCGUGGCAACUGCAAUGAACUCUAG